AUGAACUUCUACCCACCACCGCCUGUGAUCAAAGCCGAAGUAUACCUGCGUAUCCCUGACGAUCAGAGGUGUCUUGGCCAAGACUCGGAAUGGACGGGCGGGUUUGCCAGAACCUUCCAACACAUCUUCCUCGAAGGACCAGUGGUUGAUGACAAAGGGAACCUCUAUGUUGUCGAUAUACCAUAUGGCCGGAUACUGAAGAUAGAUGGAGAGAAGAACGUGACGGUGUGCUGCAAAUGGGAUGGAGAACCAAAUGGCUUGGUUGGUACUAAAGAUGGAACCCUUCUGGUGGCAGACUAUAAACAGGGGAUCCUUGAAUUCAAUCCAAAAACGGGAGAGGUCAAACCAAAAUUGACGAGGAAAAAUCUGGAAAGAUUCAAGGGGCCCAAUGAUCUAAUAGUUGACUCGAAAGGCAAUCUGUACUUCACAGACCAGGGUCAGACGAGCAUCACCGACCAGACAGGCAAGGUCUACCGCUUAUCACCAGAUGGAAAGCUGGAUACUUUGGUAGACAAUGGUGUGUCUCCAAAUGGACUUGUCUUGUCCUUGAACGAGCGUUUUCUGUACGUCGCCAUGACCAGAGCCAACCAGGUUUGGAGGCUACCUCUCCACUCAGACGGUACCACGUCCAAGGGCGGAGUCUUCUUUACUUCGUUUGGGAAUGUCGGUCCUGAUGGGCUGGCUCUCGACGAGGAAGGAAAUCUUUUCAUUUGCCACCCCAGUUUAGGAUCCAUCUUUGUUGUCGAUUCGGAUGGUCUUCCCAAGGCCCGAAUUAUUAGCGGCUCGCCUGGUAUCAAUCUGACAAACUGCUGCUUUGGAGGACCUGAGCAUAAGACUCUGUAUAUCACUGACAGCCUGGAGGGGAAUAUCCAAAAGGUCGAAUGGCACUGCCGUGGCGCAGUUCCCGCUCCAAGAUUAGAAUAA